AUGGAGCGUAAAAAGAUCGUGCACACCCUCGAUACGCCUUACUCGGCCGUCACAUGGCCGCAGACAACCCAAGAAGAGCAAGAUGCCAUCCUAGAGCUCCUCUGCCAACUACUUGCUCCCCUUGGCGUUCAUCGUAAAUCGUUUAUCACCCCAUCAAAGGGGAAACGAAAACGGUCCAAGAAAGCAGGUAGCUCAGAGAACCCUGAAGAAAAAUCGCAGAGUUCCAACUCGCCCCCGACGCCAGAGCUGGACGCCUAUGUGGAUAUAGGGCUCACCAAAAUCUCCCGCGAGUUGCAGGCCAUGUCUAGCCAGGAAGAGCGCAGCCCGUCGUUGGAAGCCGCACCUUCAGGGCACGAAGAAGCGAAGCCUGAACCCGACAACAAGCCCUACGACGUCGUCUUCGUGGCCCGUUCCGGCCAGCCGUCGACGUUUCACUGCCACUUCCCCCAGAUGGUAGCUCUUGCUGCUCGAUCCCAGCCGGCCGACAAAGCCGUCAGGCUGGUUGGUUUUUCUAAGGCUUGUGAGGACCGCCUGAGCGCGGCACUCGGGAUACCCCGGGUUUCCAGUAUUGGGCUCAGGGAAGAUGCCCCGCAGGCAAGAGGGCUGGUCGAGUUUGUGCGUGACCACGUGCCCCCCAUCGAAGUCGCCUGGCUCCGAGAGGCGCGGGCUGGCAAGUUCCUUGAAACGAAAAUCGAUGCCGUCCCAACAAAGGUCGGGGUUAAAAAGCCGAGACUUUCUUAG